AUGUCCGACCAACUCCAAGAAUUCAUGGAUAUCCCAAGGGAUUUUAUUAAGGAUGGAUCACAGUUCCUCGCCCGGUGCACAAAGCCGGACAGGAGCGAGUUCAUGAAGAUCUCGCAAGCAGUCGGUGUUGGUUUCCUUGUAAUGGGCGCGGUCGGUUUCCUCAUCAAGCUCAUACAUAUUCCGGUCAACAAUAUCCUCGUCGGAGGCGCAUAG